UAGCUCAGACCCGAACCGUUUGUUAUUGUUUACUGCCCCGCUCUUGGUUCAAUUCUUUUUUGUUGGUGCCCAAAACGCACGACGUGGACGAGACAGAGAGGGAGAACAGAACGGAGAUCAGAAGAGACCGAAGCUCUCUCCCCGCCUGACCCCCGUCAGCACACCACUACCAGUUUGCUCCAGGUGUUUUCACAGCUUACCUGUACAGUGUACACUGUUCUGGCUCUUCUGUUCGCCGCCAGCCCGCUGCUUACACAGCAUCUGGAUCUGGAUCUAGCGGUCUGCGAUCAGAAUCCGAUCUGAUCUGGUGACCUGGCAAACUGACAACGAGGCGAAACGAGGCGCUCUGACCCUUUCCCAGGCCCGCCGCAAUCUAGUUUCCCAUGAGCGCGGAAACGAUGAACGGACGCUCUAUACGCAUCAACCGGCUGCCGGCCACCAUUGUGGCCAUUCUGCUGACCAUCGUGCUGGUCUACUUCCUCAAUUUCCACCAAGAGGAGCGGCCGGCCAUCUAUGGCAUGCUGCGCAGCGACAAUCCCAAUCGCGUCAAUCUCCGCAAGAUGCUGAUCGCUGCCAUCCAGGCGGCGCAGCGCGGCGGUCUGGAGGUGCUGGACGUGGCGCGAUCCCGGCAACUGAAGGAGCGUAGCAAAGGCAAGACAGACGAGGGCGUCAACGAUCCAUUCACCGAUGCAGAUGGUCGGUCGCACUGCGUGAUGAAGCUGGGUCUGCAGCGCAUUUUCCCGCGAGUCCGCAUCUUCUCGGAGGAGGACAAGGAGCACUGUCGGCAGUCGCACGGCUACGACCUGGAUCCCACGGUGCUGCACGAGACCGCCCAAGUGCCGGAUGUGAGCGUCAAUGCCCAGGAUGUAACCGUCUGGGUGGAUCCGCUGGACGCCACCAAGGAGUUCACAGAGGAGCUGUACGAGUACGUGACGACUAUGGUCUGCGUGGCGGUGGCUGGGAGACCCAUCAUCGGUGUGAUCCACAGUCCCUUCAACGGACAGACGGCUUGGGCCUGGGUUGGCAACUCCAUGUCUGAGUACCUGGCCAAUCUGCAUCCGCAGCACGCGUCGGACAGCCAGGCGCCCAUCAUCACGGUGUCCCGAUCCCACACCGCCGGGGCCAAGGAUCUGGCGCGGGGCAUUUUCGGGGAGGAUGUUAGCCUGCUGACGGCGGCGGGUGCCGGCUACAAGGUGCUCCAGGUGGUGGCCAACAAUGCCACCGCCUACCUGCACACCUCCAAAAUCAAAAAGUGGGACAUUUGCGCCGGCGAUGCCAUUCUGCACGCCCUGGGCGGCACCAUGACCACGCUGACUGACCAGUUGAUCGAUUACGGGCCGGAGGAGUCGCCGGUGAACACGGAGGGACUGCUGGCGACGCUUGAGCGGCACGACGAGUACAUGGACAAGCUGUCCAGGUACCGGACGGCACACAACGGCAAGCUGGCGUAGGAGCCCUCGCCCCCUCUCACUGAUCGUUUAGGCAGCAUUCAAAAAUAGCUCUAGGUUCUAAAGAUGCAAACCUGUUUUCCGCAAUCUCAAUCUUUGUUAGUGUGCUUCUCUUUUUCCUUGUUUGUGUUUUUUCUCUUUCUUUUUUUUUUUUGCAUAAUUACGUUGGUUGUGCGGCGGCGGCAAUGGCGAUCGGCGGGGUCAUGAACCCCGGAGCCAAAAGGCGCCCAGUUAGCUCAAAAAAUAAACCUAUUUUAAAUGAUAA